AUGGAGGGGCGGAGGUCUUGGGAUGGAGUGCCUUUGGGCGAGUCACAUUCUCCACCACAGUCCGUGCCGGGCCGCAGGACGCCGCUGGGAGCUGUGGGCCUGGGCGGCUUCUACAUGCAGGGUGGCCAGCCUCCGCCGCCUCCACAGCACUGCUACCCGACUGACGAGAACCAACCCGAACCAGGCACAAGCUAUGGACAAAGAGCUAUCAACGAUUCCAAGUCAAAACAGAAGAUGCGCCAAGGGAAGAAUGUUCGGCUGAAUAUAAACGCGAGGGAGAGACGCCGCAUGCACGAUCUGAAUGAUGCAUUAGAUGAAUUGCGAGGAGUGAUACCGUAUGCUCACUCGCCAUCUGUCCGCAAACUGUCGAAGAUUGCGACUCUACUGCUCGCCAAAAACUACAUCCUGAUGCAGGCCAGUGCGUUGGAGGAACUCAGAAGAUUAGUUGCGUAUCUCCAGAGUACAGCUACAGCUGCGGGAAUCGUGCCACCUCCUGGCUUUGACCUAACUGGUUUCCCAGCUGCUGCGAAACUCCUGCAAGGGCCCAUCCCAGGCCCACCUCCACCCCCCGAACCGCCAUCUUGA